AUGACCAAACAGGACCUGGCCGUCCACAUUUGUUAUGAAACGCGUUUAUUCACCAUGUUUUGGGUUUUAUUUUUAUUCGUUCUACCAGUUCAUUCGCAAAGAGUUAGUAAGUUAGUUGCUUCGCAACUUUUACAAUUAUAGCUGUUAUCUAUGAUGAAUUCGAUGCCGUGGUGGGUCCCUUGAUUCGAACGUUGAACAUCUCUCUCACUUAUUACAAGGAUGUGUACAAUUUAAGAACUGAUAUGGAGUUGACGGCCAUUCACAUGGAGCCAAACACCUCUUUGGCGGGUAUUUUUUCAUUUCAAAUAUUGUUACUGUAAUUUCAGAGCAAAUCUCCGAAUCCGAUUUCUUAAUUAGUAUGACUGUAAACGCAGAAUCGAGUAAAGAAGUGCUGGUGGCCGCACAGAACUCAAAUAUACCGACUAUUCAGAUGCAAUUGUCUGCGUGGAAUGCCUCCUACAAAGGUCGUCGUGAUCUCUUAACCUUAUGAAAUUGCAUUUUUCAGACGAGCCCCAAACAACUAUUACUGAUAACUACGUCAUCUUGGUACCCUCUUAUCUUGUAUUUGAUAAUAUGCUUCUUGAAUUUAUUGCGGCGAUGAAUAUCUCAUCAACUAUAACCGUUCUCUACAGUGAACAUUACGGUAAGUAAUACUACGACUUUUUGAAAACGAAGAAACUUGUAGUUCGGGGAAUACAGUAUGAUUGGGAGGUCCCUUUCGAGAACAUGGAUGUGGAUGUGAAGCUCGUGAAAGCAGAAUAUUCGGAUGAUUUGAUUACAGCUCAACUAAAAAAACUGGAGCAGGAGACCAAGUACCUUCUUUUUGUCACCGACACUCUGACCAUUGAGAAAUAUGUUGCCUUAGGGCAGAAACAAAUCGAAGAAGAGAAAUUCACGUGGAUGGUAUUUACGAAAGAUACAAUGCCCUUCAAAUGUUUCCAAAACUGUUCCGAAGUCAAACUUUAUUGGGGAAGAGUGAUCAAGACGACGGCCACCGAAGAAUUGGCCAAUUUUACGGAGUUCCUAAUGUCAGAAGAGCUGGACAAACAGUUCCCCUUCUCUCAACAGACUUAUAAUCAUCUUCAGACCAGUUUUUGUCUUGAUGUAAUGUAUACAGUAAUGAGAUAUAUGUUGGGUGGAAACAACUCGGAACAGCUGGAGAUCAACUCCGGAGAAGAUCAAGUGCAAAUUAAUGCUACAGUAGCUGCGUUGUUGCGCGAUGAAAGUAUGGAUUACGACUUUGGACCCUUUACUCAUCACUUUUCACAUUGGUUUUAUCAGGUCACAAAUGGGAUUGUAAUCAAAAUUGACCGAGUCAAAAGAUUCCCAAAGGCCAAAUUCAACAAAUUGAUCGCAAAUUGGACGUUUGUGGAAGGACUGAGACCAAAGUUUGGAGGGUUGGGAGUUGAUGUCAGAAAUAUCACACAUUAUCGAGUGGUCACCAUUCUGGUAGGGAUACGGUAGCUCACAAUAUAACAACAUUUUAGCAAGAACCGUUUGUCCAGACUGGCGGGCCUGAUGAAACAUUUGGUUUAACAGGUUACUGUAUCGACUUGUUGGCCAAGAUCCAAGAGCAUCUAAAUUUUUCAUACGAAAUUUAUGAAGUUUCGGACAGGAAGUUUGGAGUUUUGGAGUCGACGGGGAACUGGAAUGGAUUGAUCGGAGACCUGAUCUCAGGCCAAGCCGAUAUGGCCAUAGGACCGAUCUCCGUUAUUGCUGAAAGAGAAACUCAGAUCGACUUUACUGUCCCAUUUUAUGACCUUGUUGGCACUACAAUCUUGAUGAAGCGGGAUGAAGUCGAGUAUUCUUUGUUCAAGUUCCUUAUGGUAAGAUCUAACUUUUAAUUGGUGGAAGAAAUACCUUUUUAGGUAUUAGAAUGGCCUGUCUGGCUGUGCAUUCUUGGAGCCUAUCUCUUUACUAGUAUUUUGUUAUGGAUCUUUGAUAAAUUCAGUCCAUACUCGUAUACAAAUAACAGGGAGAAGUACAAAGAUGACUCGGAGAAGAGGGAAUUCAAUCUGAAGGAAUGUCUUUGGUUCUGUAUGACGUCAUUAACGCCUCAGGGAGGAGGAGAAGCCCCCAAGAAUAUAUCUGGUCGGUUGGUUGCGGCUACAUGGUGGUUGUUUGGAUUCAUUAUCAUUGCGUCGUAUACUGCUAAUUUGGCUGCUUUUCUUACUGUCGCCAGGUUGGAACAGUCUAUUCAGUAAGUGAAAUGUAAUAAAUAGCUUGUCGACUAAUAUACCAAAAUUGUUGAAAGAAACAAUGAUUUUUAGGUCUUUGGAUGACUUGGCCAAACAAUAUAAAGUCGAAUAUGCCCCGUUGAAAGGCGGGGGAACCGAGACUUACUUCAAAAGAAUGGCCGAGAUUGAAGAGCAAUUCUAUGAGUGAGUUGAUGACAAAAGAAUAAUAUUUUGUGACAUUAUUCUAGUAUCUGGAAAAAGAUGUCGUUAAAUGAAAGCAUGAGUGAGAUGGAUCGGGCCAAGUUGGCUGUUUGGGAUUACCCGGUUUCUGAUAAAUAUACAAAUAUGUGGAGAUUUAUGGUCGAAUCCAGACUCCCGGAGACCGCGGAAGAAGCUAUCCAAAGAGUUCUGACUUCAGAAAGUGGCUUCGCUUUUAUUGGAGAUGCCAUGGAGAUUAAGUACGCUACGCUAACUAAUUGCAAGUUACAACAAGUAGGCCAAGAAUUCUCUCGCAAGCCUUAUGCUGUGGCUGUUCAAGAAGGGAGUUCCUUGGGACCGGAGAUUAACAAGAUGUAAGGCACAGAAAACAAUCUGUAAAUGUUACAGUAUUCUCAAACUAUUGAAUGAGCGACAAUUGGAGGCCUUGAAGGAACAAUGGUGGCACAAGAACGCAAAGAAACAAGAGUGUAGUAAUGUGGAAGAUGAGAGCACCGGCAUCUCCAUCCAGAACAUUGGCGGUGUCUUUAUUCUGAUCCUGGGAGGCAUCAUGAUAUCUCUAGUCAUCUUGGUAAUCGAAUUCUUUUAUUACAAACGACUGGAAGAGAAGAAUGUCCGGAAAGACUUGGCCAUGCAACAACUCGGCCACAAUGGGCCAUUCGCCUUCCAUGAAACCUACGCUUCGAAUCCGGGACCGGAACCAAACAGUCAUUGA